AUGUCAUCUUCAUCACAUCUUUCAAAUGAAGCACUCGAAGGAUAUGAAUCAACGAGUGAUCCAGAAAGUGGAACUUAUAAUAUCACAAUAAGCAGUGAAAAUGUGACGAUGCAGAAGUCUUCACGUGGAUUAUACCGCGGUCUUUUUCCAAAAGCUGAAACAUUAGGCUGCUUCAUGGUUGUAUUUUCCACCUGCGCAAGCCUAGCUUGUAUGGAAUACAUGGGAAUAAAGGGAGGCAUAAUGGAAAAUGCAGCAACUGCAGCUCUCAGUAUUGCAAUUAUUAUUUUCGCUUUUGGGGAAAUUUCGAGAGCUCAUCUUAACCCUGCAAUCUCCAUUUCCUUUGCAAUCGUUGGUCCAUUUCCAUGGGUUUUGGUGACAAUGUACGUUUUAGCACAAUUGGGAGGUUGUGUGUUGGGAAGCCUGGCGGGAAGGUUAGUAUAUGAUACGAAAUUGGACGCAUUGCUGACAAAACCAACACAAGGAUUGGGUGCCGCUUUCUCCGUCGAAUUCGUAGCAACAUCACUCGUUAUGUUUUUGGCUGCGACCUUAUCAACCAACAAACCAUCUGCAGGGAGAUUUUCUGGAUUUGUGAUGGGAUUAGCUGUUGGACUUGGAGUGAUACUCUCAGGGCAUCUUUCGGGAGGGUCAAUGAAUCCAGCAAGAUCAUUAGGCCCUGCAAUUGUAGCCUGCAACUUUGACCAUAUGUGGAUCUAUGUGGUUGCCCCAACAUUUGGAGCCAUCUUUGGUGGGCUAUUGCAACGGGCUCUCCGCCUUCAAGGUUGGACAAACAAUGACAUCCUUCCAAAUGAUCAGCAUGUCAUGCCCCUGGACCUAAGUGUAGGGAUUACAAAUUAUAGGGGCUAA